GCUGAGAGCGGCGCUGCUGUGACAGCUCAGCGUUUAUUUGUUAUUUUUCUUGUUGGGGGAAAAAGUCCAGAAAGACUUUUCUAACAUCACUGGAAGCGAACGGCGUUCCUCUGCUUCAAUGUCUCUCAGUCCGUCCGAGCCGAUCGUGGAGCAGAACCGGCUCUGGGUUCGCUGAACGCGUUGGUUAUGGAGCCGCACAUUAGUGAUGAUGAACCGCCAGUAGUUCACAGAGAGGAAAACAAGAGGAGGAGAAGAAAAAUGAAAGCAUUCACAUCAGCUUCGUCUGUGGCAAUGGAUCACCUAGCAAUGGAGUUUGUGCUUCCCACCACAAACAAGACGACCAGGAGCCCUGACUCGCUGCAGCUGGACGUGGUCGGGAACUGGACCGUCGAGCAGGUAAAAGCCCAGCUGUGGCUGAGGGCCGUCACAACUAACCUGUGCCCCGAAUUCUACCAGAAGUACUCGCCCGACCACUGCAUCCUGCUCUACCAGAAGAAGGGCAGCUGGUGUGAGAUCUACGAUAAGCACCAGGUGUUCCAAACCCUUGAUUGCAUUCGCUACUGGAAAGCCCUGAAGAAGGAUGUUGGAAAAAUCCAUGUGGUCCUGAGGCCCCAACCUUCCGACGAAUCUGUCCAGUACCAGAAGUUUCUGAAUCAUCUUAUAGGAUACGACGUCACGGACGUCAGCAAUGUCCAUGAUGAUGAGCUGGAGUUCACAAGAAGGAAGUUACUUACGCCUCGAAAAAUCGAGUUGGCUGACAGGGACCCCAAACUUUACUCAAUGGAUCCUUGGAUAACCACAAAAUCUUUGCCUGAUUAUUUGCUCAGCAAGGUCACAAACAAUUACAUCCUGCUUGUGAUACACGUAUAUACCUCUAGUCAGACAAUAAAGGUAUCCAUAGAUGACACACCUGUUCAGGUACUUCAGAGUUUCUUCACGAAGAUUGCCAACAAGAGGGCACUCCUCGGCAUUCCGGAGGAGGUCAAUGAAUCCAAUUUCGUUCUCAGAGUCUGCGGAAGAGAAGAAUAUAUUUAUGGAAACUAUGCCAUCAAAGAUUUCCACUGGAUCAGGCAGAGCCUCAAAAGUGGAGAGGAGAUCCAUUUGGUGCUCGAACCCCCUCCGAACCCAGAACAAGAUGUGGUCCAGAAGGAGGACUGGUCCCAGGUGGACGACUGCACCGGAGUGGCUGGCACCCAUGAGCAACUGACCAUUGAUGAGAAAGAUCAUGAGAAGGUGUUCACCAUCUCACUCUGGGACUGCAACCGCAAGUUCAGAGUCAAAAUCUUGGGCAUUGACAUCCCAGUCCUGCCUCGCAAUUCAGAGCUGAUUGUGUUUGUGGAGGCCAGCAUUUUCCAUGGGCAGCAGUUGCUGGCUCAGGAGAGGACAUCGCCCAAGCCCUUCACUGAGGAGGUGCUGUGGAAUACUUGGCUGGAGUUCAACAUCAAGAUUAAGGACUUGCCCAAAGGUGCCCGGCUGAAUCUUCAAGUGUUAUGUAGCAAAGGGCAAACCCAGACCUCCCGGGACAGCGCCACACAUGACUGCAGAAACAAGAGCCGCCUGCUCUACUAUGUUAACCUGCUAGUGGUGGACCACAGGUCCCUGCUCAGACAGGGAGAGUUCAUCCUGCACAUGUGGAAGAUGCCAGAGAAGAGUGAGGACAACAGUAGCGUGAAUGCAGACAAGCUUACCUCGGCCACCAAUCCAGACAAAACAAGUUCCAUGGCCAUCGCGGUUCUCCUGGACAAGUAUUGCUACCCUGUUGCUCUACCUAAGAGCAGGGAUUCUCGAGAUUCCUCCGAAAUGGAUGGAGAGAGAGGCAAAAGAGAAAUGCCCAAUCAUUUGCGCAAGCAGUUCGAGCAAAUAGUGGCUACCGACCCUCUGCAUCCGCUAAGUUCCGAAGACAAGGAACUCCUCUGGCAUUUCAGGCAGGAGUGCAUGCGGCAUCCCACAGCCUACCCAAAGUUCCUUGGCUCUGUGAAGUGGGGAAAACAGGAAGCUGUGAUGGCCACGCAUCAGCUACUGGAGAGGAGCACCACCUGGGAUCGUAGCCCUCUUGAUGUAGGCUUAGCCAUGCAGCUAUUAGACUGCCACUUUUCUGAUGCGAAUGUGCGCACUAUGGCUGUCAGAAAGUUGGAAACGCUUGGUGACGACGAUGUCCUACGAUACCUUUUGCAGCUGGUUCAGGCGGUGAAGUUUGAGCCCUAUCAUGACAGCGCCCUGGCCAGGUUCCUGCUGAAGCGCGCUCUCAGGAGUAAGCGGAUUGGCCAUUUCUUGUUCUGGUUCCUGAGGAGCGAGAUAGCUCAGUCGAUGCACUAUCAGCAGAGGUACGCAGUUAUAUUGGAGGCCUACCUGCGCGGCUGUGGAGGGGCGAUGCUGCAGGACUUCAGUAAGCAGGUGGAGAUCACGGAGGCGCUGCAGAAGGUCACGCGCGAGAUCAAGGCCGUGUCUGCUGAGAAAUACGACGUAUCUGCGCAAGUUAUUCUUCAGCUGCGACAGAAGCUGGAGGCUCUGCAGACGUCCGGCCUGCCGGAGAGCUUUAAAGUGCCGUUCGACCCAGGCCUGCGAGCAGGAGCUCUGGUGAUUGAACAGUGUAAAGUGAUGGCGUCCAAGAAGAAACCGCUGUGGCUGCAGUUUAAGCGAGCCGACCCCACCACUUUAUCCAGCGACACCAUCGGGGUGAUCUUCAAGGACGGAGACGACCUCCGUCAGGACAUGUUAAUACUGCAGAUUCUGGUAAUUAUGGAGUCUAUUUGGGAGACGGAGUCGUUAGAUCUGUCCUUAUUGCCUUACGGCUGCAUUUCCACUGGAAACAAAAUCGGGAUGAUUGAGAUCGUGAAGGAUGCCACCACCAUUGCUAACAUCCAGCAGAGCACCGUGGGGAACACUGGCGCCUUUAAAGACGAGAUCCUGAACCAGUGGCUGCGAGACAAGUGCGUGAACGAGGACAAGUAUCAGCAGGCAGUGGAGCGCUUUGUGUACUCCUGUGGUGGUUACUGUGUGGCUACCUACGUCCUGGGGAUCGGUGACCGCCACAACGACAACAUCAUGAUCACAGAAUCUGGAAACCUUUUCCACAUUGACUUCGGACACAUCCUUGGAAACUACAAGAGCUUUCUUGGCAUAAGCAAGGAACGGGUGCCCUUUGUAUUGACCCCUGAUUUUCUCUACGUGAUGGGAACGACAGGAAAGAAGAGCAGCCCGAAUUUCCUCAAGUUUCAGGACGUUUGCGUGAAGGCCUACCUGGCCCUGCGGCACCACACCAACCUGCUGAUCAUCUUGUUCUCCAUGAUGCUGAUGACCGGCAUGCCCCAGCUGACCAGCAAGGAGGACAUCGAGUACAUCCGAGAGGCUCUGACUGUGGGCUGCACAGAAGAUGAGGCUCAAAGACACUUUCUGGAUCAGAUCGAGAUCUGUCGGGACAAAGGCUGGACGGUGCAGUUCAACUGGUUCCUGCACUUGGUGCUUGGCAUUAAGCAAGGAGUAGAGAAGCGGUCAGCCUGAUCUGGCCAUGGCAAAGAGACACCAUGAACCAACCAAGUUUUUUUUAGGAGUAUAUUAUCAGCCAAUUUAAUUUUUAAAACGUGACCGGGUUUGGGGUGGGCAGUAUGCCAGAACAUUAAGGCGAGUCUCUCAAGUCUUUGGGCUCGAGUCCAAUUCAAGUCUUGAGUCUCAAAUUCCAGAGACUUCGGACUGGAACCGAAUUCUAACUCCAGACCCCUGAGUCUUGAAACUCUGGGGUUCAAAUCCAAGUCAAGUCUUGAGUCACUAGGGUUUGGGUCCGGGUCAAGUCUCGUGUCUCAAACCCCAGGCUGGAAUCAGACUUCUACCUCGAGUCUCAAACUCUGGGGUUGGAAUCUGAAGUCUUUAGUCACUGGAGUUUAAGUCCAAGUUGAGUCUCGAGUCACUGGGGUUCGAGUCAGAGUUGAGUCAUGAUUAUCUGCAGUUUGAGACUAAGUCGAAUCUCUAGUUACUGGGGUUUUGGGUUUGAGUUGAGUCUCGAUUCUCUGAAAUGGGUUCUGAGUCGAACUCGAGUAUCUGGGGUUUUUAAUUUAAGUCCGUGACACUCAAAGAAUCUUUGCAUGAUUAAGUGGUUUCCCCGCAUGGUGAAAUGGUUCUUCAGACCGGUGUGUUGAAAGUGUUGUAUAUGGUUCUAAAUACCACCAAAAGUGUUCUUCUAUUGUUAAGCUUGGCACAAUAGAACACUUUUUGGUGAUGUAUAGAACCCUUUUAGAAAGAUUCUAUGUAGAACCAUCUACAGCACAUUCUACGUCAAUCCGAAGAACCCCUUCACAAUGCUCUUUGAGUGUUUUCUUCCCUAAAGAACCCAUGAAGAACCAUCGUUUUGAUGAUACCCACCAUGUGAUCAUAAAGCAUACAGUGACGUAUUGCCCA